UUAUAUCUUAUGGAUGUAAUAAUUCCAGUAAGAAUCUACAAACAGGAAUUACCGGAUUUAGUAAAAGAGAAGCUUCAUGAUGCCUUGACAAAUCAAAGAAUGGCAUCAUUGACAAGAGCCCAACUGCCAUGGCGCAUUUUCACACUGGCAAAGCAACAUGUUUUUUUAAGGUAAAACCAAGGGUGAAGACAAAGGUUCUUAACAGGUGCGGGGGAAGAGGGUUGACUUGACUAAUCAUUGAGAAUCAAGAGGGAAAAUUUAACCAAAGGAAUCCCAUAUAGAGCAAACCAAGUUUGAUUAUUAAAUUAAACCCCUCUUUCAAUCUCUCUAUCUCUUAAUCUUAUUUUGAUUUUUAUGCAACUUGUUUUCUAUUGGUGUUUUUGGCUCAUGGGUUAAAGAAAAUAGUUUAUUGUUUAAUAGUACUAUAAAAUUGUCUUGUUCACAUGGUGAAUUUCUUGGGGGAAAACAAACAAAAGAAGCUGAAGGAGUCAACAGUCUACGAUAAAUGGUUGGCUGAAGUCUAAAAAGGGCUACUCUUUAAAGGAAGGUAGGAAGAAACACAGAAAGCAAGCAAAUCCAUCAAGCAAAGAAGCUUUUUUUUUUUUUUUUCUUUUUCCACCUUUACUUGUUGAUUUUGCUCUCUUCAAGCCAAACCCACCUUCGGAAAAAGGACAUCAUAUCCAAAAUCUUGCUACCCUAUUACCACCUACUGCCAUCUUUUUUGAUCUUCAUCGAUUUCCCUUUUUUUCCAUUAAGAGGAAAAAAAGCCAAAAGGAGAAGAUUGAAAGAAAGGAAGUCUGGGUUUUACUCUGUUUUGAUGGGAGUUUGCUGGAGCCAUCGUAUCAAGUCUGUCAGUCCUAGCACGGUGGUUAAUUCAAGGAAUGCCAGCAGAAAUGGGAACAAUUUGAGUAGUUCAAGCAGCAGGGAAUCUUCAGCUUCUAUUCCACAAACCCCUCGGAGUGAAGGUGAGAUUUUGCAGUCUUCAAAUUUAAAGACUUUCACUUUCAGUGAGCUGAAAGCAGCCACCAGAAACUUUAGACCAGACAGUGUCCUAGGAGAAGGUGGAUUUGGUUCUGUCUUCAAAGGAUGGAUUGAUGAACAUUCAUUCAAAGCCACCAAGCCAGGUACUGGCAUAAUAAUUGCUGUUAAAAGGCUCAACCAAGAAGGAUUCCAGGGUCACAAGGAAUGGCUGGCUGAAAUCAACUAUCUUGGACAAUUGCAUCACCCAAAUCUUGUAAAGUUGAUUGGUUACUGCUUAGAGGACGAGCACCGGCUUCUGGUAUACGAGUUCAUGGUACGGGGUAGCAUGGAGAACCAUUUAUUUAGGAGGGGGUCGCACUUUCCACCACUUUCUUGGGGUAUACGGAUGAAGGUUGCACUUGGUGCUGCCAAGGGACUUGCUUUUCUUCACAAUGCCAAAACACAAGUCAUAUAUCGCGACUUCAAAACUUCUAAUAUCUUGCUCGAUUCAAAUUACAACGCCAAACUCUCCGAUUUCGGGUUGGCUAGGGAUGGACCAACUGGUGACAGAAGCCAUGUUUCCACUAGGGUCAUGGGAACCUAUGGAUAUGCUGCUCCAGAGUAUCUAGCCACAGGUCAUUUGACUGCCAAGAGUGACAUAUACAGUUUCGGAGUUGUUCUACUAGAAAUGUUAUCCGGCCGACGAGCUAUAGACAAUAACAGACCAUCUGGAGAACACAAUCUGGUCGAUUGGGCAAAACCUUACCUGACCAACAAACGUAGGAUAUUCCGUGUGCUAGACACCCGUCUCCAAGGCCAGUAUUCAUUGACUCGGGCACAAGAGGCUGCUAACCUUGCACACCAGUGCUUAGCCGUAGAACCCAAGUUGAGGCCAAGCAUGGAUGAGGUGGUAACAGCACUCGAGAAGCUUCAGGAGACGGGAGACAUGCCAAAAAGAAAUCAGAAAGAACGCCGUGGAAAUGCUCACAACCGUUCCAAUGGUAAACCAACCACUUAUCCGAAGCCUUCUGCUUCACCUCUCCAUGUUUAGAUCAAAACCUUUUCGAUGCAGCUGCAAUUUUCUUCCUGAUUUGAAUAUCCAUAUGAAUUGUUUUUGGGAUUUAGGCAGGAAACAAGAACAUGGUUGUGUACAGUGUUUUCGGGUUAAACUUUUUAAAUCUAGCUCUGAAAUUCAUCAAGCUCAGACCCAAGAGCAUGCAUGAAUAUGAUCUGGGUUUUGCUAUAUAUCAUACCAUCAUGAUUGAGAAAAAGUGAAGGAUACAUGUUUAUGUUUUUAUGAAAAUGAUAUUGAGCUUAGCAUAUGGUCUUUGCAUGCCAAUGUAACUAAGCUCAUUUGAAACCGUGUAAGAAUCCUCGUUUUGUUAUAAUCCAUAUGGUAUUUUGAGAUGCA